CUAGAUCUAUCACCAAAGCUGAUCUUUGAAAAUACAUUUUAGCAGACAAAAUUGGAAAUAGAAAUUAUUAGGGAAUUAUUUUUUGUUAUUAUUGGUGGCUUUCAUAACAGAUCUAAACAGAUUUUACUUUCAUUCAUGGAUGUCGGUUGCAGUAAUUGUUAUGACACUUCAAACACAGACAGACCAAACAGUUUUCUAGAAUGUGACAGACUACUAGCCACAAACGGGCCACCUAAACAAAGAUACAGGCCUAAACGGUACCUUAUUGUCUCUGAUCUGGCCAAGCAGUUAUGGUGUGAGCAACAGCUUCUUUAUGGUUUUUCACCUGAAAUUUACCUGUCUAGAGCUUUACCUGAUAGUAAAGUCGAUAUUGACGAGACUGAUGAACAGAAAGCAACUCGGAGAAAAGGGGCUGAUAUCCAUCUGGCAAGAGAACAAGAUAUUAAUAAACCUGUCCCAGUGGAGAUCAUAACAAGGGAGGAUGACUGGGCGGUUAGGCUUCUAAACUUGCAGUUUGCAGUGCUAUCCUUUCACAAUGGAAGUAAGGUGGCCAGAGAAGUGCCGAUAUUUGGCAUGCCUUUUGGCAUUGAUGAUGUGAUCUAUGGAAUUGUUGAUGAGCUCCAGUAUGACCCAGAUACACAUGCCAUUGUUAUUUCUGAACUCAAGACAAGGAGGUCAAAUUUUCCUCCUAAAAAAAGUCAGCAGGAUAAAGACUUAUAUCAGGUCAGUCUGUAUGCUCAGUUGUUCAAUGAACUUGUGCAAGGAAAAGUCAACAAGCAUCUGCUGAACACACAUCUACAGCUGGAUCUGGAUGCAGAGUUUAGUGAUGGUGUCAGAGAACGUUUGAAGGAAUCUGGAAGUGAUGCUUUAACAUUAAGUCAAUUGUUUGACAUUGUUUUGAGCCAAGUACAAAGUCUAACUUGUAUAGAAUUUACAAAUCUAGAGUAUAUUCUUCAAGAAGACAACAGCACAAUUCUUGAGGUGAAGCUGAAUUACGAUCCUGAAAACAUUAAGGCGAAGGUGCUGAACCAAGUGCGAUGGUGGAAAGGAGAGAGGGGGACAGUUGGAGUGGAUGUUGAGGACUGUUGGAAAUGCAGCUUCUGUCGCUUUUCAGAGCUGUGUGAGUGGAGGCAGAAAAUAAACCCAAAGGUUUCAGAGUCAAACUUAGAGGGUGGAUCUAAUGGUGUAUCUCAAAACUGUGAAAGCAGUAAAGUCAUGUCAGAACAAGUAAAAUUAGAGGGAGGAUCUAAUGGUGAGCCUCAAAACUGUGAAAGCAGUAAAGUCACGUCAGAACAAGUAAAAUUAGAGGGAGGAUCUAAUGGUGAGCCUUAAAACUAUGAAAGCAGUCAUGUCAGAACAAGUAAAAUUAGAGGGAAGAUCUAAUGGUGAGCCUCAAAACUGUGAAAGCAGUAAAGUCACGUCAGAACAAGUAAAAUUAGAGGGAAGAUCUAAUGGCGAGCCUCAAAACUGUGAAAAUGGUAAAGUAAAAGAAUAAAUAUAAGCCAAGAUGAAACGAACUUACCAAGCCAUUAAACAGAUUUUCAGGCAUAUGAUCUAUUGUAUUAUUUAGUGUAUAUUAUCUAUAUUUGAUCAGUCUAAUUUUUAAAACUAGCUUUGCUUAUUAGAUUUUUUAAGGUUCAUUAUAUUUGCAUUCAAAUAUUAUUAUAAAAUCACAUUUUAAACAGGCGUACAAAGAUUUUCUUAUAUUUUAAAACUAGUUUUGAUCAAAACAAAGCUCAUUUUACCUAUAUUUAUAUACAUAUUUAAUUCUU